GUGAUAUGAUAAACGUAACAUGAUUUGAUUUGCUCCUUUGCUUCAUGAUAAUGCUUUUCAUCUGGGCUAUCUAUGAGAGAAAAUUUCCAUUGGUUGUCGGUUGAUCAACUACUGAAUACCAGAAGAAAAGUGGUAAACUUGUGUAAGGGAAUUCCAUUGUUUGAGAGGAAGCCGCUCUCAAGAAUCAUGUCCUUUUUAAUGUUAUUUUCUGGUAUAAGGAAUGCUCUGACAGAUGAUGAAUUAGGCCUGGAAAUAGUGCAUAUUGCACUCCCUACAACUCUGGCUUUGGCAGCAGAUCCUAUUGCUUCUCUAAUUGAUACUGCAUUCAUCGGCCAUAUAGGCCCUGUGGAGCUUGCUGCUGUGGGAGUCUCCAUUGCUAUUUUCAAUCAAAUCUCAAAAAUUACAAUAAUUCCGCUUGUCAGUGUUACAACCUCUCUGGUUGCUGAGGAAGAUGCUGCUGAACAAAGUCAUCAGUCGGAAAAAGAAAUUCUGCUUGAGGAAUCUAAUGUAAAUGUAAAGGUGGAUAUAGAAGACAAAACUGGCAACACUUUUUCAAUAAAUGCUGAUAAAAAGGCUGCAGUUGGCCGUGGCAAAGCCUAUAUUCCAUCAGCAUCAUCAGGAAUAGUUAUUGGCGGUGUUCUUGGGGUCCUACAAACUCUCUUUCUCAUUUUUACAGCUAAACCGAUGUUGAAUUACAUGGGCGUUGAUUCUAAUUCUCCUAUGUUCAAACCAGCACAACAAUACUUGACACUGAGAUCAUUUGGUGCACCAGCAGUUAUUAUUUCUAUGGCAAUUCAAGGAGUUUUUCGUGGAAUCAGAGAUACAAAAACUCCUUUGUAUGCUACAGUAAUGGGAGAUGCAACAAAUAUCCUUUUAGAUCCAUUGCUUAUGUUCGUAGUGCGGUUGGGAGUCAGUGGGGCAGCCAUUGCCCACAUUUUCUCGCAGUACUUGAUAGCCAUAAUGCUAUUGUGGAGUUUGAUGAAACAAGUUGUUCUUCUGCCUCCGACAAUGAAAGACUUUCAAUUUGGGAAGAUUCUGAAAAAUGGGUUUCUGUUGUUGGUUAAAGUUGGAGCUGUGACUUUCUGUGUGACCUUGUCUGCAUCCCUAGCAGCAAGGAAAGGAUCAACAACUAUGGCUGCAUUUCAAAUCUGCUUACAAAUUUGGAUGGCAACAUCUUUGCUUGCUGAUGGAUUGGCUGUUGCUGGACAAGCUAUUAUUGCAAGUGAAUUUGCUAAAAGGGAUUACAAAAAGGUUGUCGAAUCUGCCUCACGUGUGCUGCAGCUUGGCUUGAUUCUUGGGCUGGUGCUCUCGGUCCUUCUUAUGAGUCUACUGCCCUUUGGUUCUAAGUUAUUUACAAAUGACAGAAGUGUUCUGCAACUUAUCAGUAUUGGCAUUCCAUAUGUUGCUGCCACUCAACCCAUCAAUGCUUUGGCAUUUGUUUUUGAUGGAAUCAACUAUGGGGCAUCAGAUUUCACAUACUCCGCUUACUCAAUGAUUAUGGUGGCGUUGGUGAGCAUAUGUAGUUUAUAUGUGCUGUCCUCAAGCUUUGGCUUCACUGGUAUCUGGAUUGCGUUGUCUAUUUACAUGGCUCUAAGGAUAUUUGCAGGGUUUUGGAGGAUUGUUACUGCAUCAGGACCUUGGAGCUUCCUUACCGAAAACUCUAAUUUGUUCCAGUAGUUCCAUGCGGCUUUUAACCAUUUUGAGUUUUUGAUUCUAACGUGCACAGCACAAGCAACAUUGAAGAGAUACCCUAUCAUGCAGUACGACUACUUCAGCUAUUUCUUCCUUCUAGUGGGGUGGCUCUUUUCAAAUGAUAGUUUUUAUUUGAAGUGAUUUUUUUACUACACAUGAAUACACGUGUAUAUAUGUAUAUGAAGACAGUUUGUAUAUAGAUGAGAUUUUAGGAAAGAAAGAGCAAACUAUGUCUUCUUUUUUAAUUGAAUGUAAAUGUUUUGGUUCUCAAUUGGAAGAUCUUGAA